UCCAAUGCUGCCGUUGUCUCUUCCUUAUACUGCCUGCCGUGAUGGAGCCCUUCUACUCCCACCAUUCCACAGGACAUUCCCCAGAUGACUCACUGACCCUUUGGACGCCUGACCCUUGAACCCUGGCUCUGUUUUUUUUUUUUUUUUAACCAGAGAGUUCUACCCUCAUGGAGCACGACCGCACCCCAACCUCUCCGGCUCCAGACCCCGUCCCUGGGGUUGCCCUGGGGCCUGCUCUCCAGGUGCCAGUGGAACCUGAGGACCGCCUCCCAGGAGCAGGAUGUGUCAGCCAGGGCACUUUAGGACUCGAGAACCCCCUUCCUGGGCAUGGACCUGUCCCCCAGGAGGUAACUGAACCAGAGGAUGUCCCCUGCCGCAGGAUGCAUCCCGGCACCCUGCCUUCACACCCUGCUCACGAGGUGGAGCACAUCCAGACCGCCUGUCCAAUCCUCGACUCGGACAACGGACAGAUACACAGACCUGCGGAUGAUGACAAUAUGAGCCAUGCAGAGAGUCGACAAAUGGCUCAGAAUAUGAACGUUUCUGACUGUCAGCAAACGACAAGUGGUAUGGACAAUUCAGACCAACUGCCAUCAACAGCUCAUGGAGUUGCAGAUGCAGAGAAUCAGCAGCAAGCAUCUCAUCACAACAUGAACGACACAGCCAGCAUCCACACCGCUCACAGCAUCCUGGACUCAGAGAGCCAGCGAUUGGCUCAUGGCAUGAUGGACACUGACAGCCUCCAAACGGCUCACGCCAUGACCGACCUGGACAGCCUCCGCCACAUGGCCCGCCCCUUUGACACGGACAGCACCCUGACCAACCAGAUGGCAUACGACAGCGCCAGCAACCGCACCAUCAACCCCUCCACCUCGGACACGGACAGCAACUACACCAUACACCCCCCCUACCCGCUGCACGCGCACCAUCCGCUCAUAGGUGUGGAUGGGGGCGUGGGGGGGUCGGAGGGUGGUGCGGUGCCCACCACCAGUCACGCUACAGACUCGGCACACGGCUCGGAGGACCCCCCGCCCUACAGCCCCCCCGACCCCAAGAUGGCGUACCUCAUCUACCCCCCCGGCAUGCCGCCUCAUUACUCAGGCCAGCCCGUCAUCGCCUGCCAGCCCUCCCCAAACUCGCCCGGCUUCUACCAGCCACAGUUCAUGCCCUCCCCCAACUACAACCCCUAUGCCAUAUACAUGAACGGCUCGUCUAUAGGGGAGGAGCCGCUGCCCCAGACGCUGCCCAAGGACUACCUGGUGGAGUCCCUCCUCGUCACCAUCUUCUGCUGCAUCAUGAGCGGCCUCAUCGCAGUCAUGUACUCAUACGAGACGCGUGCAGCUCUGGCGCGCGGCGACAUCCGAGGGGGCGAGCGGGCGUCCCAGAAGGCGCGCUUCCUGGUCAUGUUCAGCCUGAUGUUCGGCGUCUUCGUCUGUGUGGGGUGGAUCAUCUAUGCCGUCAUCGCUUUGUGUGUGUAAAUGGCCAUCCCAUCUCCUCUUUCUAUGAUCACAUCAUGCAGUCAUCAUUGACUAUCGCUGUAAAAACACAACUGAUGAUGAUUACAGUUCUCAAAUGAGUUGAGUUAAUACCGGUCUUUGUUUCAAAUAAUGUAAUGUAAGAGUUUCCUGCAGUUCCUGAGUCAUUCAUGUGUGUGAAUAUGAUACUGUACAUGAGCAUCUCUCCUCUGUACAUUGCAAGAAGGUAAAACUUAUUUGAAAAAUGGUGGAAUUGUGUUCCUCCAAAGGAGUUGAGAAAAUGUUCUGUUUCAAGUAACAUUGAUGCAAGUGAACACAGUGUGACAAGCAACUUGAACACAGUGUGACAAGCAACUUGAACACAGUGU